AUGGUGAAGCCUGUACAGUCCACUUUUUCAAUUGUGAAGAACAAAGAGCCCACGUUUUACAUUGUGAAGACUGUAGAGUCCAUGUUUUCCAUUGUAAAGACUGUAGAGCCCACGUUUAACAUUGUGCAUACUGUAGAGAACACGUUUAAAAUUGUGAAGACUGUAGAGCCCACGUUUUACAUUGUGAAGACUGUAGAGUCCAUGUUUUACAUUGUAAAGACUAUAGAGCCCACGUUUAACAUUGUGAAGACUGCAGAGUCCACGUUUUACAUUGUGAAGAGUACUGUAGAGUCCACGUUUAACAUUGUGAAGACUGUAGAGCCCACGUUUUACAUUGUGAAGACUGUAGAGUCCACGUUUAACAUUGUGAAGACUGAAGAGCCCACGUUUUACAUUGUGAUGACUGUAGAGUCCACGUUUUCCAUUGUGAAGACUGUAAGGUAUAUGUUUUACAUUGUGGAGACUGUAGAGUCCACAUUUUACAUUGUGAAGACUGUAGAGUAUACGUUUAACAUUGUGAAGACUGUAGAGCCCACAUUUUACAUUGUGAAGACUGUAGAGCCCAUGUUUAACAUUGUGAAGACUGUAGAGCCCACGUUUUACAUUGUGAAGACUGUAGAGCCCAAUAUUUACAUUGUGAAGACUGUAGAGUCCACGUUUAACAAUGUGAAGACUACUGCAGAGCCCACGUUUUCCAUUGUGAAGAGUGUAGAGCCCACAUUUUACAUUGUGAAGACUGUUGAGCCCACAUUUUACAUUGUGAAGACUGUUGAGCCCACGAUUUCCAUUGUGAAGACUGUAGAGCCCGCGUUUAACACUGUGAAGACUGUAGAGUCCACGUUUUUCAAUGUGAAGAAUGAAGAGUCCACGUUUUCCAUUGUGAAGACUGCAGAGCCCACGUUUUCCAUUGUGAAGAGUGUAGAGCCCACAUUUUACAUUGUGAAGACUAACGAAGAGACCACGUUAUACAUUGUAAAGACUGUAGAGCCCAAGUUUUACAUUGUGAAGACUGUAGAGCCCACAUUUUACAUUGUGAAGACUAAAGAGCCCACGUUUUACAUUGUAAAGACUGUAGAGUCCACGUUUUACAUUGUGAAGACUGUAGAGUCCACGUUUUACAUUGUGAAGACUGUAGAGCCCAUGUUUUACAUUGUGAAGACUGUACAGUCAACGUUAUACAUUGUGAAGACUUAG